GUCAACAUUAAGAUGAAAAAAGUAUUUGACGAGCCGCGUUGAACAACGGCCCCAAUUUCUCGACAUCGGUUGAUACUCUACUCUUCUUGUUUCUUACACAUUUCCAAGCACCAGAACUCCUUUUAGACAGACUACCCUACGAGCGCCAGCUUCACUACACUCGCUUCAAAGUCUGAGGAAACAGGAACAUUCGCAGGCAAAUCACUUAGUCGCAGAAAUUGUCAUCCAAGAUGCCGUCCUCCGCUACACUCACAACCCUCUCCCUCCUGGCACUCUCACCCCUGGCAGCCCUCGCAAGGACAGACCUCUCAGGCUGCACGACCUUCACCAGCACGGUGACCAUCAACCCCACGGCACACGAGUACGGCAACAUCUACGAGUCGCUCGUGUACUACGACCCGGAUACGCUCGAGAUCUGUACGGUGCCGGACUGCGGCGGCGGCCGCGCGGCGCCCAAGACGGGCGUCCCCGGGUGCCCGCUAUACUCGGGAACCGCGACGCCGACGCCGAGCUUCCUCUCGGCCGACCCGCUGGCGCCGGCGACGACGUCCGGCGCCGCUGCUGAGACGAAUAGUGCCGGCCGCUCGUCAGGUGACAGCUCGGUCUCCACGACGACGACGGCGGUCGUCACAGCUGCGGAAACUGAGCCGUCCUGGUUUGCUUCCAUGACUUCGGCGGGUGCGCUGGCGACUGGGAGCUCGACUACUACGGAAGAAAGUUCUGCGGAAGCGACAAGUACUCCUAGCAGCUCCGUUAAUUCUUCUUCUGGAGCUGCGUUGAGGGUAACAACCGGCGGACUCUUGUUUGGGUUGGCUAUUUCCUUACUUGGGUGACAACUGACCGGACUCCCGAAGGGAAAGUGAUUGCUGGGAUGUAAUGGCGGCGGUAAUAGCAUAUAAAUUUCGAACGAGCAGGUAAAUAAAUUUUCAUUGGAUCAACGUGGAAUGAACCACCAUGCAUGGGUCAGUCUGUAUUUCAGAGCUCAUCGGAGCCGGUUGCCCCUUUGAAAUGGUGUCUAUCACGUCUUCACAGUGGAUGAUUCGGUAGAUAUCAGAGAGACUCCCUGACCUCGGGAGCCCUCGGAUCAGCAGACAGAACGAG